UGUGUAAUCUCAUCCGCAUGUGAUCGCAAGCCACCGACUUCACCAGACUUCACCUCCCCCAAAUGUUGCCCAUCUUCAGACUCCACUUCCGGGCUGCUGCAGUAUCUCCAUAUCUUAGAGUUCACGGCUCACAACGAUGGUGGAGGCAGCCCAAUAUCGCCGUAAUAUCUAGAAGACUAAGCACUGCUGUUGAAGAACCCGAGGCGCCACCGAAGAAGGUUGCAAUAUUCUGGGAUUACGAGAAUUGUGCGCUGCCAUCAGGCAAGGACGGUCCUUCCAUAGUGCAUGCACUAAGCCGCUAUGCAAAAAGCCACGGAAAUGUGACGACGUUCCGCGCGUACCUCGAUCGUAUGGCAGCAUCUACUGAACAGAGGGCAAUGCUACGUCGAUGCGGCGUCACGAUCUGCGAUUGUCCACACGAUGGUGACAAAGAUGUUGCCGACAAAGCAAUGAUAGUGGAUAUGUUUCAGUGGGCCCUAGGCCAGCCGGCUCCCAGCACCAUUAUUCUCAUCUCAGGGGACAAGGACUUCGCAUAUGCGGUAUCUACCCUGUCGCUCCGUCAGUACACCAUGAUUGUCAUUGCUCCUAAAUUCGCGCACGACACGCUCAGGGUGGUGCAGACCGCUGCUCUUCUCCCCUGGGCGGAUGCAUUCUUGCCUGAGCUAGCCCCCAAAAUUGUUCCGAAAGCGUCGCAGAUUCAUGCAGCUGCUUCGAAUCUUCCCAGUUCUGAAGAGUUGUCAGAAUGGCCUUCUACAUUUAGAGUCGUUGCCGCAUCCGAAGAAGAGCAAGUGACUAAUACGCAUGCGAAAUCAGGCGAAUCAGACUUGGGCGAAAGCGAACCUACAACGGUUAGACCCGAAGGUGAUUAGCAGAUAUUGCUGAAAUGCUUGCCGAACCCGAACCCGAACCCGAACCUCCAGAAUAUGCGCGCGUUUUUCAGCCGAUGGUAGAGACGCUGAGAUCACGGCUGCAGCAAGGGAGCGAGUACAUACUAUACACGCAGCUGGCGUCACAACUUGCCUCAGAGGUUCCAUGGAUCUACAAAGAAAUCGGCCACUCAAGCUUCAAGAAAUACGUUCUAUUAGCGCAUGAAGCU